UUCUCUCGCUUCUCUUCCCAGCUUACCAGAAAAGAUCAAGAUGAGUCUACGGAAGCAAACCCCUAGUGACUUUCUAAAACAAAUCAUUGGAAGACCAGUUGUUGUAAAACUAAAUUCUGGAGUAGAUUAUCGAGGUGUCCUGGCUUGCCUGGAUGGGUAUAUGAAUAUUGCUCUGGAACAGACAGAAGAGUAUGUAAAUGGACAGCUAAAGAACAAGUAUGGGGAUGCAUUCAUCCGAGGGAAUAAUGUGUUGUACAUCAGCACGCAGAAGAGGAGGAUGUGAAGAUGCCAGGAGGAGGCUGUUUUGUACUUGGGAACCUCUUUGAAGUGCUGAGCCCUAUUUGAUUUGUAGUUACUAACCCACAGGUGGAAUACACAAGUGUUUAA